AAACAUUCUGUUGGAAAAGCACGCAAGCAAAAUAUACACCAGAACAAUGUUUGAGAUGUUCAGAUCACAUAUGUACGCAGCAGGGUCGUACACUAUAGCUGAGAUAACUCCAAAGAGAUUGUACACCGCUACUCAUGUCAAUGCAGAGAAAAGGAGCAAGUAUUGUAAGACGGUUUUUGAAAUAGGAAUAUCAGAUGACGGGGAGAUUUAUAAGUGCCAGUGCGGACUGUUCGAGCAUAUGGGCAUGGUUUGCUGCCACAUAAUAAAGGUCAUGAUGGUGCUGGAUGUUAAGAUGAUCCCACAAUACCAUAUCAUGAAGCGUUGGACAGUAGACGCACGGGACAUCCUACCUGAACACCUAAAGCAUUACCAGAAGGAUAUGGGUCCUAUUGAAUCACCUACGUACCGGCACUCAACUCUGUACAACGCAGCUCUUGAGCUAGUAAGGCUUGGCGACACUAAUGUACAUAGUUACGAGUUUACUAUAAAGUACAUCAAGGACGGUUUAUUAAAAGUGUCACCUCUUUGCGACAAAGGAGAUGGCAUGAGUGUAUUGGACAAAGCAUCCAGCAUAGCCAGGUCAAAUGCAACUAGCCAAAUCAGGGGUGAUCUUAGCAUGAACAUGCCAGCCGAUGCACAGGAGCUUUCCGAAUCAAGGCACCAAAACAUGGCAAAGCGUACAAGGUCUGAAAGUUCAUGCAUGAAUGGCGGUGGCACAGGCGAAGGUGAUAGUUCAGAAUCAAUGAACGAUGUGUUCUCUCCUGAUAGAAGUCACCAAGAACUAUCAGCACCACCUCCUAAAAGGUUAAGAGGCAGACCUACAACAGCAAGAGAUAAGGCACCUUAUGAGAAGAACAUUAAGAGGACUCAAUUUUGCAAGAUUUGUAGGGGUGAAGGACACAAGUGCACCACAUGCCCAAUGAGAGGGGAUGCUCCAGUUAAACCAAGGAAGCAAUCAACAUGCACCAAUUGUGGAGUAGCUGGACAUCGUAGGAACAGCUGCGGGAAAAAUAAAAUGUUCAACGACAGGUUAUCUAUUGAGUGAAGGAUGAUAUCAUGCAGAAUAAUGAUGAAGCCACGUUUCUUGGAUUUCAUAUAAUGAGCGUGUAUUUGUAGACCAAUUUUAUUUGAUGUACCUGGACCUCCAUGUUUUAGCUAUAAGUAUUAACAGAACCAAUGUUUACUUAUUUAAAAACAUUGCCGUGUUUGUUUUUUA